AGCCAGAGUCAACUCUAGAUCUGCCGGCACAGGGAAGUGUUCCGUCAGAAUCAUACCCGAUACCUGACCGAGUCCUGGGAGAAGGCAGCGAGCGACAGAAGUAAGUGGAGAGCAGCGCGAUUCACACAGGGACAGAACUGUUCAAAGCUGCUAGAGAGAGCAGGAAGGCAGAAGCUAGGAGCAGACGAAAGGGACGACGAGACGAGAAAAGCGCCACACCGGACUACUGCUGCCGGUUCUGCGGCAGAGCCUGCCGGGCCAGAGUCGACUGUACCAGUCACGAGAGGCGCUGCCCAGGCAGACCCGCAGAGAACGACUGAAGCUGCAGAUCGAGACAAGGACCCAGGACAAGACCUGAGCGAACCUCCGAUCGUCUGCAGAACCGUCAAUCAUGCUUGGCGGGAAACAUUUCGCGGGCUUUUCUCUGCUCCUCACGGCAGCGUCCUACUCCGUACUUCACGUGGCGGGAUGGACCAGCACUCCGGGCGGUACAGCACAGCCCUGGACGGUCACCGUGCCGUGGAAUCAGUCGCUGCUGAACACCACCCUGCUAUACCCAAACACUACCGCUGUAGAUCCAGGUCUCCUGUACAGUGACCUCAUCCGGGAGUUCCAGGUUAACAUUCCUGCCACCUCCACGGUCGGAGACCUGGUGGUUGACAUGGCAACGCUCCAGACCAGUAACGCCACGAACGUGACGUAUGUGCUGAUGUGCUGCGCGUAUGACGUCUUCACCCUGGAGACGGACGGGCGCGUCAUGGUGACGUCAGAGCUGGACUUCAACAUACAAUACUCCAUCCCGGUGGCCGAACUGGAUUCCUUCGGCGCCAUCUUGGCGGGUUACGUCAUCCACGUGAACCUGACCAGUAACGUCACUCUCUACAAGGACCCGGAUGGACUCUGCAACACGACCUCGUUCUACGUCACCAUGGAGGAAAACUCGGACGCGACUGCGGACCUGGGCAGCCUGGUGAACCAGACGUCCCCGCCGGUGCAGUUCUCCCUGGUGCCGGGAGGGGACGCUGCCAGGUUCUCCAUCGACCCGUCCAGCGGCGUCCUGACCAACAACGCCUGGCUGGACCGGGAGGAGACGGACGCGCUCGUCUUCAGGGUCGCCUUGGCAACCAGGUAUGACGUCACCUUUGCCACGGUGACCGUGGCCGUGACCGACGUUAACGACAACCCGCCCGUCGUCGUGGAGAACUGGAGCAGCGAGUACAUCCUGCAGUCCACCCCCAUCAACUCCAUAGUUGGUCUGGUCCGAGGGGAGGACCCGGAUGUGGGAGAGAACGCGACCUUGACCUACACCAUCGAACCGGAAGCUGGCGAGGACUUCUCCGAGCUGUUUUUCAUCAACAACGUCACGGGCGUCAUCACGGUCAUCAGCAACUUCAAGUUCAUCAGGGAACACAUCCCCUUAAAGGUCAGAGUGGUGGAUAACGGAGAGCCGCCCCGACAUGUCAACACGAUUGUGGAGCUGUCUCUACUGUCUAACGACGCUGUCGGAAACCUGACGAGAUUCGAGGUCAGCGUCCUAGAGGACGUCGCGAUCGGAACUGCCCUGUUAAACGCCACGGUUCCGGCGAGUGCGGGCGACGGGACCAUCUCCUACACCUACACCAUGCAGGACCCGUCCGGCAUCAACCAGAAAUACUUCCAUGUCCACAACGAAACCGGUGAGGUCACACUGAUCUCAGGGCUGGACCGGGAGACGGAACCUUCUCACGAGUUCUUUGUCGAACCCACCGCAGAGUCCGGCUGCGACAGGCAGGGUCUGAUCUUGGUGGUCAUCAUACUUGAAGACAUCAACGAUAACGACCCUGUGUUUGACCACGUGACGUUGCGCGGGACUGUGCGGGAGAAUACGCCGAUGGGGGAACUGGUCACGAUUAUCCCAGAACUGUCCGUUGCUGACCAGGAUUUUGGCAUCCACAGCAGCGUCGACAUCCGCCUGACGGGAGAGGGCUCAGGUUUGUUCACAGUGAAUUCCACAACCGGACAGAUCUUCGUUAGCGGGAACUUGGACUACGAAACAGCGCAGAGCUACAGUCUGAAGGUGGAGGCCAGGGACAUGGACGGCAUGCCGGGCUACAGAAGCGCCACGGCGCGGUUAACCAUCGAACUGCAGGAUGAGAACGACAACCCACCGCAGUUCGGUCAGGACGACUUUCAUUUCUCCAUCCCUGAAAACUCCGCGGACAGCGCGCUUGUUGGAACAGUGUUAGCAACAGACCGAGAUUCUGAACACAACAGUAAGGUGGAUCACUUCAUCGCGGACGGCGGUGACGGCUUGUUCCGACUGGACUUCUCGUCUGGACAGCUGGCGUUAGUCCGGGGCGAUCUGCUGGACCGGGAGACUCAGGACCGGUACACUCUGACCGUCAGGGCACAGGACCGGGGUUCCCCGUCCCUCUCCACCUUCACCAACGUCAACGUCACGGUCACUGACGUCAACGACAACGCCCCGUCCUUCGAUGACGUCACGAUACGUCACUUCCUCACCAGAGAGCCAAUUAGCACCACGGAGAACCUGCCUGCCAGGACUCGCCUGUUCAGUCUAACCGUGACGGACCCUGAUGCCGGCGUGAGCGGGUCGAUGCACCUGCAGGUCCACAACAAUAGGUUCUCUGUAGUGAUGCUGGACAGCUCCACCCAACACUGGGCCAUCGUGAACGAUCUUCCCCUAGACAGAGAGGAAAGGGACACGUACGAGCUCGGCAUCACCGCUACAGACAUGGGAACACCCGCGCUAUCCAGCAGCGUCACCAUCCUGCUGUCGGUCGGUGACGUGAAUGACGUGCCCCCGACGUUCCUGGAGCCUCCUGACGAAGUCACCUUGCUGGGCGGGUCUCGUCCGGGCACUCUGGUCGCCAUAUUUGCUGUGGAGGACCCUGACGCAAGCGGCGACAUCGAGUACAGCAUUGCCAUGGAUCGGGAUCGGUUGUUUGACAUCGGAAAGGAAGACGGCGUCGUCGUCUUAAAAAGAGCCCUUCCUCACGCCACGGACACGAACUUAACCGUCGCGGUGACAGACGGGUCUCACGUCGCCGACACAACUCUGCAGGUUCACGUGGAGGACGGCUCCUCCCUGUCCAGUCUGCAGUUUCACAGCGAACAGUACGACUUUAACAUCGACGAAAACUCAGGUCCGGACACGGUCAUCGGGACGGUGGAUGUGUCGAGCGACCAGCCGGUCCGAUACAGUCUGCAAUCGGCAGGGACGGGCCAAAACUUUUCCAUCGACAGCAGUACAGGUAUAAUCAGAACACAGCUUCAGCUGGAUAGGGAGGUUAAGGACAACCACUAUAUGAUCGUCGCAGCGACUGAAUCAUCUGCUGGUCAGUUUUCAUUUCCACGGAAAGCGUACGCAGUGGUUUCAGUUCAAGUCCUGGACGUUAACGACAACCCUCCGCAGUUCGGCAGGGAGUCCUACGCUGCGGAUGUUGCGGAAGAUGCUCCCGCUGGUCUCAUCAUCCUCAAUGUCUCAGCAUCAGACCCUGACGCUGGGCAGAACGCCCACGUCGUCUUCAGUAAACUGAACGGGGAUGGCAGGUUCGCGGUGGACCCUGGGACGGGAGCGGUUCGCGUGAACGGCAGUCUGGACCGGGAGGCGGCCGACUCUCAUCUCAUCGUGCUACAGGCCACAGACGGAGGAAAUCUGUUUUCCACUGCCACCGUCACCAUUCGGGUGGGGGACGUGAACGACAACGCCCCGACUUUCGCACGACAGUACUACAACAUCAGCGUCCCGGAAAACAGCGACAACAAACUGGUCCUAUCAGUUGUUGCUACGGAUGACGACAUCGGCACGAACGGCCAAGUACGGUACUCGCUGAUUGGAGCAGACAACUUUACUAUAGGAGAGCGGACUGGGGACAUAGCGUCGACUUUCACGUUCGAUCGCGAGUCGGUCUCCCGCUACAGCUUCACCGUCCUGGCCGAGGACAGAGGAAACCCUCCCCGCUCGUCAUCAGCGGAGGUCACGGUCAUGGUCACGGACGAGAACGACAACAAGCCGGUGUUCCUGGGCACGCCGUACCGCAAGAAGGUGCCCGAGGACACGUCGCUGUUGGACAGCGUGUUCACAGUCACGGCCACGGACGCAGACUCCGGGGAAAACGGAGCUGUGGAAUACGGCGAGCAGCCAGGCGGCGUCUGCGGGGGCCUGUUCUUCGUGAACGCCACCACGGGCGUCAUGACGACCCGUCAGCCCCUCUUCAGCAUCAACCAGACCGAGCGGGAGUACUGCGUUGCCGUGGUAACGGCUUACGACCGCGGACCGGACCGGAAGCACACGUCCGUCGAGGUUGUGUUCAACAUCACGGACUCCAACCGGCACGAUCCCGUGUUUGUGAAGAGUCGGCUGAGUGACCGCUUCAGCGAGGCGUGGAGCGUGGAGAGGCGGGAACUGUUCACGGUCACGGCCACGGACGCCGACCUGGGGGUCAACGGGGAAGUCGACUACAGCAUCGUGGACGACUACGGUGUGUUUUUACCAGGUCUCUUCACAGUGGAUCAGGCCGGGAAGGUGUGGGCAAACCGCUCGCUGGACCGGGAGGAGCAGGACUUCUACAACCUGACCGUGGAGGCCACUGACCGCGCGGUCAUCAACCCCAGAACCGCCACGGCCACUCUGGAAAUCUGGAUCGACGACGUGAACGACAACGCGCCCAAAUUCGUCCGAGACAACGUCACAGCAGACGAAAUUCGUCUCCUGCCGAAUACCUCCGUGGGAACGCACGUGACCCGGCUGUUCUCUACCGACGCGGAUGUCGGGACGAACGCCGUGCCGCUGUACCGGAUCCAGGGCGUCGAUGUUCUGGACGCGCGCCUCUCCACGCCCGACGGUCUCCUCACCAUCAACAACCAAACCGGCGACGUCAACACGUCGUCUGCGCUAAACUUUACGGACGCCAAGGAGGAUUACGUCAUCAGUGUCAGAGUGAUUGUGGAAGACGCCCUGAACUCUGGCCUCAAAGACGUCCUGACGUUCCGCAUCGUUGUUCCCUACAUCAGCAGCAACAGGCACUCGCCGCAGUUCCCUCAAGUAAGCUACACGGUGAAUCGGACCCGGGAGAAUCUGAUGGGGGGUUCGGAACCUUUCAUUCAUUUGAUCACCGUCUCGGCUGAGGACGCCGACAGUGGAACAGACGGAGAGGUGGAGUACAGCAUCAAGAACCAUGACGACACAUGGUUCGACUUGCUUGGCGACCUGUGGAUAGGGGAAGGAAGAGUCUUCCUAGAGGUGAACCCGAAUGGCACCGUGCUGACGGGAGUGGACGCCUACCUGCACCGCCUCGUCAUCCAGGCAGAGGACAAGGGACACCCGGCACGGAGGGGGACUGCCGACGUUCUGCUGCACAUCCUGCCUGUGGCGACUCCCUCGUCACCUCCUACAACUGCUGUCCCGGACUGUUCGCCUGUCUAUUCCUCCGGAGAGGUGAUCGCGAUCAGCUGUGUAGCAGCAGUGGCAAUCAUGCUCACCGUCGCCACCUCCAUCCUCUACAUGAGAACCAGGCUGGAGCUGAAGAAGAUGAAGGAGUAUGACAAGCCUGACGUGCACCAGUACGAGGUGAUUCCGGCGCCCAAGUCCCCCGCGACCAAGCCGCCCGUUCCGUUGCCGCCCGUUCCGAUGCCGCCGGUCGAACAUAUAGAGCUGCAGGAGAUAGAGCUGGUGGAUCCUGUUGAAGAACCUGCCGUGGCGCAACGGGACACAGGCGGCAGGAGGAUGCCGAACAGACGGGUUUUGGAUAGGCGCAAUGUCCCACGGGGUACCAAUGGUGGUCCUGCUGUCCGGGCUGGCCAUUCUCCAAGGAUUCCCAGUAAGGUUGCUCCCGUGAAGGAACCGCUACCGUCGCUGGGACUACUGCCCGCCGCCACCGCGUCCGGCGCCGCUCGGCUGGGGGCUCGGUCCCUCUGGCUUAGGGACGAGGACUACAGCACCGAAACCGCCCGGAACGGGGCACGGUCCGGACCAGACUCCGCCCGGCAUGUUGCGCGGUCUGGCACCGAAGCCGCCCUUUAUGGGGCCUGGACCGGCACCGGUGCCCGAUCCGGACCCGACGCCGCCCGGCAUGUGGCCCGACCCGGCACCGACUCCGCCCGGCACGGGCCCCGGUCCUUGUGGCUCCGUGACACCGACUACAGCACCGACAGCAGCUACGCGUUCGACAACGAAGGCGAGAGUGACACAGAUGUAGAUUAGCGGAAAAUAAAAAGCUCUUUUUACCCUAUCUAAACAGUAUUAGUUCCUCUCCUACCUCCAUUGGGAUCUGUUGUAUUCAGAAACGUGCUUUAUCCAGAACCAUGCUCAGGCACGAUUCUCAGGUACGGUUCUGGAUAGUCCACGCGUAUCGAGAAACUCCCCUGUGGCAAAUCUACGUUCGUGGAUUCGCAGAGACCAAACAGAACUUAGCCUGAUCCUACCCCAUUCAGACAUUGAGCUAGAUAGGUACGCUUCUUCAUACAACAGGGCCGAAAUGGACACAUUACAAGCGGAACAGCAGAGGAAUUACAGAAGCCAGACAAAUGUCCUUCAGGUUGUGUAACAAGAACGUAAUUUUGCAGUGAUCUACCGGGAUUGUGACGUGAGACACAGAUGUGGAGUGUUGUGC